AUGGAACUAAUGCGUGUUUAUAAAAAUGAUAACCAUGAGACCUGCAGCAAGUACAAUGAGAUGGGACUGGACAGAGAUGAAGAUAUUUAUCCAAAUCAGGGCCAAAAACAGACUGAAGCAAGAGCUCAAAACAGAGGUUUGUCAGUAGGAAACAAGUGUCUUGUUUUAAGCACUGUGUGCUUUGGCCUCACAUGCAUUUUCCUGGUGGCUGCCAUUGUAGUACUGCAUAUCAAGCUCACGGCAGAGAAAGAAGUACAGGCUACACACAUGUUACAGUCUGGUUUAAGAGAUCAAACAGAGAAAGAUCAGUUGCAGAACAGCUUCAACUCUUUGAGUCAGAAGAACCUGCAACUGGAGACCAGAGUCAAUGAUCUUAUUGAACAGAAAAAACAGUUACAGAGCAACUUCAGUUCUUUGAGUCAGACAAAACUGGAGCUGGAGACCAGAGUCAAUGAUCUCACUGCUGAGAAAAGCCAGAUACAGAGCAACUUCAACUCUUUAAGUCAGAGGAAACUGGAACUUGAGACCAGAAUCAAAGAUCGCAUUGCUGAGCAAAGCCAGUUGGAGACCAGAGUCAUAGAACUCACUGCUGAGAAGAGCCAGUUACAGAGCAACUUCAAGUCUUUAAGUCAAAAGAAACUGGAGUUGGAGACCAGAGUAAAUGAUCUGACUACAGAGAAAGAGCAGAUACAAAUAAGCUUUGACUCUUCAAGUCAGAACAAACUGGAGCUGGAGAACAGAGUCAAAGAUCUCAUUGCUGAGAAAAGCCAGUUGGAGACCGUUGUCAAUGAUCUCACUGCUGAGAAGAGCCAGACACAGAGCAACUUCAAGUCUUUAAGUCAGAAGAAACUGGAGCUGGAGACCAGAGUAAAUAAUCUCACUACAGAGAAAAGCCAGAUACAAAGAAGUUUAGACUCUUCAAGUCAGAAGAAACUGGAGCUGGAGACCAGAGUCAAAGAUCUCACUGCUGAGAACAGACAGUUACAGAACAGUUUAAACUCUUUUGGUCAGAAUAAACUGGAGCUGGAGAUCAGAGUAAAAAAUCUCACUGCUGAGAAGAGCCAGACACAGAGCAACUUCAAGUCUUUAAGUCAGAAGAAACUGGAGCUGGAGACCAGAGUCAAAGAUCUCACUGCUGAGAAAAGCCGGUUGGAGACCAGAGUCAAUGAUCUCACUGCUGGGAAAAGCCGGUUGGAGACCAGAGUCAAUGAUCUCACUGCUGAGAAGAGCCAGUUGGAGAGCAGAGUCAAUAAUCUCACUGCUGAGAAGAGCCAGACACAGAGCAACUUCAAGUCUUUAAGUCAGAAGAAACUGGAGCUGGAGACCAGAGUCAAAGAUCUCACUGCUGAGAAAACCCGGUUGGAGACCAGAGUCAAUGAUCUCACUGCUGGGAAAAGCCGGUUGGAGACCAGAGUCAAUGAUCUCACUGCUGAGAAGAGCCAGUUGGAGAGCAGAGUCAAUAAUCUCACUGCUGAGAAGAGCCAGAUACAGAGCAACUUCAAGUCUUUAAGUCAGAAGAAACUGGAGCUGGAGACCAGAGUCAAUGAUCUCACUGCUGGGAAAAGCCGGUUGGAGACCAGAGUCAAUGAUCUCACUGCUGGGAAAAGCCGGUUGGAGACCAGAGUCAAUGAUCUCACUGCUGAGAAGAGCCAGUUGGAGAGCAGAGUCAAUAAUCUCACUGCUGAGAAGAGCCAGAUACAGAGCAACUUCAAGUCUUUAAGUCAGAAGAAACUGGAGCUGGAGACCAGAGUCAAUGAUCUCACUGCUGGGAAAAGCCGGUUGGAGACCAGAGUCAAUGAUCUCACUGCUGAGAAAAGCCGGUUGGAGACCAGAGUCAAUGAUCUCACUGCUGGGAAAAGCCGGUUGGAGACCAGAGUCAAUGAUCUCACUGCUGAGAAAAGCCAGUUACAGAGCAACUUUAAUACUUUAAGUCAAAAGAAACUGGAGCUGGAGACCAGAGUCAAUGAUCUCACUGCUAGGAAAAGCCAGUUGGAGACCAGAGUCAAUGAUCUCACUGCUGAGAAGAACCAGUUACAGAACAGUUUUAACUCUCUGAGUCAGAAGAAACUGGAGUUAGAAACUGAGCUAAAAAAGUUAUCUGAACAAGCAACUGGCUUCCUUUUCAUGUCCACUGAGGAGAAGAGCUGGUCUGACAGCAGACAGUACUGCAGAGAUCGUGGUGCUGAUCUGGUCAUUAUCAACAGUAAAGAGAAGCAGAGGUUCAUUUCGUCAUUUGUCAAGGACAGAGUGUGGAUUGGUCUGUCUGACAGAGAGAAUGAGGGCUACAUGAAAUGGGUGAAUAAUUCACCACUGAAACAAGGGUUUUGGGAUUAUGGUGAGCCAAAUGAUGAUCAAGGAAUUGAGGACUGUACUGAACUGAGGCCUGAAAAACCUGUCUUGAAAAACUGGAAUGAUCUGCCAUGCUCACAGAAUAGAAAAGGGUUCCCGUUUAGGGUUGGUCAUUUAAAAGACAAACAAAACUGUGCCUAUCAUUCAACCACAACUCAUCUGCGAACACAUGCCAUCAGACAUAAGAGAAAAUAAUGGAAUUAGAGGCAAUUUAUGGAAAUAUUGAAAAUGAAGGUAAGGGCACUUGUGCAGAUCAAAUACAGUGUCACUGCCAGGAUAAAGGAAAAACUCGAAAUGAAAGUAAGCAGAAAGUUUCAUUUGAAGCAACAAUGAUGUAACUAAGGUUUGAGGAAAUGAGUAAUGGUACAUAUAAUGUCAAUCUUUUUACCAUAAAAACAGUAAAUGUUAAUGUUUUUUUGAAAUGUAUUAAGAUGGAAUUACUUAAAAUUUCAGUAUGUUUUCUUAUUUGCCUGCUUUUAUUGUAGAAAUGCUGCUGUCAUUAUCAAAGAACAUACAUUUUUGUGUAAGGGAACUGUAUAUUAUGCAAAGGUGGAUUUGAGCUUUUUUUUUUUUUUA